GCAGGCGCGGAGCUCAGCGCCCAGGUGGAGGCCCUGCACGCUGAGAAGGAGGUGCUGAGGCGGUCGGUGAGCGAGAAGGAGUGCGAGCUGCUCUCCACGCGUGGCCUCGUCGAGGAGAAGGAGCUGCAGCUGAGCCAGGAGGCAGACAGGGCCACGAGGGAGAUCCGUGAGCUACAGGGCAGGCUCCUGGAGAAGAGCAACCAGGAGCAGAACCUGCAGCAGAAGCUGCUGGAUGAGCAGUUCGGCAUCCUGCAGGAGACGGUGCGGGAGGCGGAGAACAUCCUCCGUGACGCGGUGGCCAAGCUGGACGACCCGCUGCACGUCCGCUGCACCAGCUCCCCAGAUUACCUGCUCAGCCAGGCGCAGGCGGCGCUGGAGUCCACGGACGCCCUGGAGAACGGGCACGCGCAGUACGUGGCCUCCAUGGCAGAUGCCGCGGGGCUGGUGGGGGCUCUGGCUCUCUUCGCACACCUGACGGCCGACACCAUCGUGAACGGCAGCGCCACGUCCCACCUGGCUCCCACUGACCACGCUGACCGGCUGAUGGAGACGUGUCGGGACUGCGGGCAGCAGAGCCUGGAUUACCUGGGCAAGCUGAAGGACAAGCAGACACUGGGGCAUGCCGAGCUGGGGGACGUGCGGCAGGCGCUGCGGGGGGUCCUGCAGCUGGCCCAGGAGCUAAGGCCCAAGAGCUUAGACAUCAAGCAGGAAGAGCUGGGGGACAUGGUUGAGAAGGAGAUGGCCUCCACCUCAGAGGCGAUUGAGGAUGCUGUCAGGCGGAUAGAGGAGAUGAUGAGCCAGGCCAGAAACAAGAGCUCUGGUGUUAAGCUUGAAGUGAAUGAGCGNAUUCUGAACUCCUGCACGGACCUAAUGAAGGCUAUUAGACUUCUUGUAAUGACAUCUACGAACCUACAGAAGGAGAUAGUCGAAAGUGGCCGGGGGGCAGCAACAACUCAGGAGUUUUACGCCAAGAACUCGCGAUGGACCGAAGGGCUGAUCUCUGCCUCCAAGGCGGUGGGCUGGGGAGCCACGCAGCUCGUGGAGUCAGCAGACAGAGUUGUCCUGCAUACGGGCAAAUACGAAGAACUGAUCGUCUGCUCCCACGAAAUCGCCGCCAGCACGGCCCAGCUGGUGGCUGCCUCCAAGGUGAAAGCGGAGAAGAGCAGCAGGAACCUGGGCCGGCUCCAGGAGUGCUCGCGCAACGUCAACGAGAUGGCGGCCAACGUGGUGGCUUCCACCAAGUCGGGGCAAGAGCAAAUAGAGGAGAAAGACACCAUGGACUUUUCAGGCAUGUCCCUCAUCAAGCUGAAGAAGGAAGAGAUGGAAACACAGAGAAACAUUGACUGCAAAUUCCAGAUAGAUACGCAUGCCAAAAACUGCAAAACUAAAGGAAAUGGGAAAGUUAAAAAUAGUUCUGCCAAGCGAGAGACUGAGUUUGAGGGAUAA